GGUUUGUAUAUGGUGAGUAGUAUGUAGCGUUGUUCCUCUUUGUAAAGGUAUAUCUGUUACCAUAUAAAUUUAUAUGGUAAGCCUUGUACCUUGUGCUUAUAUAAUCAUUAUUUUUAAUGUUUUGGCGGGUUGGCGGUUUCAAUUAAUUUGGCCCGCCCUUUUACCUUCCUCUCUCAUGUCGGGUGCCGUAAACCUGUUGGUGCCCGAUAUUGCAAACAAGAAAAGCAAUGCAUUGAUGAUAUGGAUAUUGUUGGACAGCAUCCAGUGGACUAGGCUUUCAUUGACUCAUUGGAGCUGGGAGGUGAAACGAUACCAUCCAGUACCCCGAUUGGUUUGUAAUGAUACAGCGUUUGGGUACCUAGGUAUAUGCAGUUGGUGGAAAGUUUCUGCUCUUCUACAUACGAUUCAGUUCAAUCAUCAGAUUCAACAUGGCGACCGGCACUGAAUUUUGCAGAAUCACGGAAAUCCCAGGUAAAGGGGUUGGCGUUGUUGCCUCGGUGGAUAUCCCAAAGGGCACCAGAAUCCUUUGCGAGACGCCAAUUCUGACUGUUAGACAUGCUUCGAUCUCAGAAUUGAACGAAACAAUUGCGCAGAAGCUCAGGGCAAUGACCAAAGACCAACAAGUCCAAUUUCUAUCCCUCUAUAACGCCCACACUGGAAGCAUGCCCCCUUUCGUUGGCAUUACUAAGACGAACGCUCUUCCGUGUGGUUCAGAUUCGCCCAUCGGCGCCAUCUACCCAACCAUAUGCCGUAUAAAUCAUAGCUGCAUUCCGAAUACUAUGCAUAACUGGAACGACGCGAGGAAGCAAGAAACGAUCCAUGCUGUUCGCGCCAUCCAAGCCGGAGAAGAGAUCACAAUCUCAUACGAUGCUGGGCAAGUUUCUGAUGUCCGGAAACUUGACAUGAGAGCCAGCUUUGGCUUCGAGUGUAAAUGCCCCCUAUGCUCUAGCUCGCCGGCAGAACUGGCAAGUAGUGAUGCUAGACGACGAGAAAUCCAACGCCUCGACGACGCCAUCGGCAACCCCUUUGCAAUGAUGAGCCAACCCAUUGGCAUGUUGAAGAACUGCCACGCAAUAGUGAAGCUUUUGCUCGAAGAGUACGGCGAAAGCGCGACGGUCUUGCUGGCGAGGUCUUACUAUGAUGCGUUCCAGGCGUGUGUUGCUCACGGAGACAAGCGUCGUGCGUCGGUGUUCGCAGAGAGGGCGUACAGGAUGAGGCUCAUAAGCGAGGGCGAUGAUAGCCCGUCGACGACAAAGAUGGCAGAGUACAUGCGAUCACCCAAUCUUCAUCCCUCAUUCGGGUCAUAUUCGACCAAGUGGGGAAAUGCGGGAGGCAACAUGCCAAAGAAUAAAGAUUCCGCCGAGUUUGAGAGAUGGCUGUGGAGAGAGAGCGUAUAACGAGAUGGAUAAUUCAGGGAGAUUAUACCAAUGCAUUGGGCCUUUAGGAUGGAUGUGGGUUUGCUGAAUGGCUCAUGGCAAUGAGAGAGAUAGCUAGAAACUGUGAGCUUGGUUUGUUGCAAGUGUUGGAACCCCCUAUUAUUAUCCCCCUGUUACUAGGCACCUAAGGUUAGUUGGCUAUUUAUUAAGACAAAUCAUCAAUCUAGGUAUCAAGUCUGCCUGCCUAGGUACCUAUCCAUGCUCGGUUGUUUCUCGCGGGAAUUUCGGUGAAAACUUGCGC